AUGAUCUUCAAGUUCAACGAAAGAUCCCCUGCUACCGAAUCUCCUCAACUGAAAGCUGCUUUGAAACAUCAGUUGGUUAUGACGGAGAGAAUGGAAAAAUGUUCCGACAAGGCGGAUCAACAGCUGGUGUCAACUAUUUGCCGCAAAUAUCCUACCUUGAGGGAUGAGCAACCCUUCAAAACGGUUUAUCGUUGGUUGGAAGGAAAACGCCAGGACGAUGCAGUUGGAAACUUGUGGAGGAUUCAUGAUACUUUGUACGAUUUAAGCGAUUUUGCUGAUCAACAUCCGGGCGGGACAAGUUGGAUUCGGUUGACCAAGGGGACAGACAUAACGGAAGCGUUCGAAACUCACCAUAUCGAAACCUACGCCGAGAAGCUGUUGCCCAGGUUUAAAGUUGGUGAAGCAAAGCACCCACGUAAUGUCACGCUAACAUUCCACGAGGACGGAUUCUUUAGAACACUGAAACGCAGAGUUCGUGAGCAGUUGCGAUUCGUUAAUAGAACGCCGAUUGAAUCUUCCAAAACGAUCAUCGACUGCCUCAUAGUUACGGUAUCGCUUUUUGCGGCCUUGGCCAUCAGGCAGCAAAGCUACUUGUUUGCCGCCCUCACUGGGGUGUUAGUAUCAUGGACGAUGAUCGCGUCCCACAACUACUUCCACAAACGAGACAACUGGCGAAUGAGAUUGUUCAACCUAGCUUUCCUGAGUUAUAGAGAAUGGCGCAUUGCCCACAUCCUGUCCCAUCAUCUCUAUCCGAAUUCGUUGCUCGAUUUGGAAAUGUCCUAUUUCGAACCGGUAUUCUGUUGGCUACCUGAUCCAAAUACGAAAGGAUCUUUCCAACGGUAUGGAUCGUGGGUUUAUGGACCAACUUUCUACGCCCUUGGGUGUAUGAUAGAUUUUUUGAACAGAUUUGUAAUCAGUAUAAAAGAUCUAAAACCUGCCUUCCACUGGGAUGACAGUGUGUCAUUCAUUCUGCCGAUAUUCAUGUUUUUGAUUGGAUAUCCCGACACAAGCCUGACCGAGGUGCUAUCGAUGUGGAUUUUCAUAAUCUGUGUUGCAAGUUUCUGCUUUUCGUUUACGAGUGCGAAUUCAGCCCAUCACCAUCCGGAUAUCGUGCAUAAUGGCGAUCUUAUUCCGGAUAACAUGGACUUUGGACUGUAUCAAAUUGCAACGAUUGUCGACCGGUCCGACGUCAAAGGAUCGCUGUUUGCAGUGUUGAUCACGUACGGCGAUCAUUGUUUGCAUCACCUGUUCCCGACGCUGGAUCAUGCCAUCUUGCCCCAGCUUUAUCCGGUGUUUCUCGAAACGUGCAAGCAAUUCGAGACGGAGUACCGCGAGAAUGGCUGGAUUGAUCAUAUCGUAGGACAGCAUCAGCAGUUGGCUCGAAUCGAAACCACCAUUUAUGAUCCCAAGAAGAAACUGAAAAAUCGAGUCCAUUGAGAGAAUU